GUGGGUCAGGCGCGGCCCCUGUUGGUGGGGAUUGACAGGCGCCAAGGCCAUUUGUGCCUUUGGAGGACUUAAAGCGGCAGCAGCAGCAGCAGCAGCAGGAGGAGCAGGAGCAGCUUUGGCGGAUUAAUUAAUUGACUCAAUUAGGAGGACCACGAGCUUUGUCCGCAUCAUCCAACUGAUCUGCUGUUUGGAAAGAAAGAAAGGACCUACCUGCAUAUCAUUAUCAUUAUUAUUUUGAUAUCUUGGCAAAGGAUUGAUAUCUUCUUUGAUUAUGUCCCGACGAAGCCAACGCCUUGGUGGGACUGUUCGUUAUUACCAAAAUGAAGACGACGGCAACAGCAGCAGUAGUGGAGGGAGCUCACUACUAGGUGGACAACAGUCGUUAUUUAAAGACAUUUCCAAUAGCCGGAGUCUGAGAAGAAAAUCUGGCAGUGUGAAGCGUCCCUCUCCAGCCCCCAGCCUGGGAAACAGUCCUGCGACGCACACCUCCUUUUAUGAGUCUGUGGUCAGUGAGACUUACCUGAAUGAUGGCAGAGGACUUUCAAUUAGAAGCAGCACUGUUUUGGAUGACCCAAUGGACAACAACUCAUACUGGAGUGAGGAUCUCUCGAGAAGAAGAAGAGCCGGUGUUGGAGGCAUCGAAAGCAGUAAAAAAAUCAAUGGGCUAUCAGAAAGAAAGAUAUAUGACACCUAUGCAUCAUCCUCUGGUUAUUCUUCUGAGGAUGACUAUGCAGGAUACACUUACUCCGACCAGUAUACUUCUGGAUCUCGAUUCAAGAAAACACUUUCCAAAAUAAGCUCUUUCCUGUGGAUGGUGGUUACCUCACCAGGAAGGUUCUUUGGGUUGUUAUACUGGUGGAUCGGGACGACGUGGUACCGCCUCACGACUGCAGCCUCCCUCCUGGAUGUCUUUGUCUUGACAAGGAGCUAUCCAAUCCUGAAGAAGCUGUUUCUCUUGCUGCUCCUGCUGUUGCUCCUGACUGCUUUUGGUUACGGCAUCUGGUAUUUUUACCCCUUUGGGCUCCAGUCUUCUGUGUUUUCUUGGGGAGCCAUGAAGUGGUCUUCUCCGGUUACCAAGAAGGAAUAUGAAGCAGGAGACUUUGGUGUUUUCCCUGCGGCUCAUCAGCAGGUAUUGUCUCGGCUCCAGGCCCUGGAGAGACGCUUUGAGACCCUGGAAGCUGCGGCGGCGUUGCUGGAGCUCCAGAAAGGAAAAUCAACAGAAGGGGCCUCUCUGUCGCAUGAAGACACCCUGGCACUUCUGGAUGGACUUGUGAAACGGCGAGAGGCAGCCAUGAGAGAGGAUCUUCGCACAGAGACACAUCUUCACCUUCAGAGCGAGUUGGGUGCCUUCCGUUCCCAGAUGCAGAAGGAUUUUGAUCAUCUCCAGAAGAAAAUCUCUCAGGCUUCUGAGGAGACAGAGGGCCGGAUGCUCCAAAUGAGCUCACAAUGGCAAAGCUCUACCCAGGACAGUCUGAUGGGAAGUUUCCGAAAGGAGAUGGACAGGCUAGAGGCACAGCUUUCAAGCCUGAAGAAGGAAUUUGGAAACUUGGCUUCAGAUCAGAAGGUGUUGUCAAAACACGUGGAGUCUCUUCCAAGACAGAUCAAGGAAAUAAGGGAAGAUGUGGAAGUCCAAUUUCCGGUGUGGCUAAGCCAGUUCCUGUCCCAGUCAAGAAAGGAUGGGACAGGCAGUUUAUUCCUCCAACAAGAUGAGCUGCAGGAACAGCUACUUGCAUUGGAGAAGAAGAUUCUUGCCAGGAUCUCAGAGGACCAGGAAUUCUCAGUGCAGAACGUUCGAGUAGCGCUCCAAAGGGAAGGAGUCAUAGGAGUAACGCAAGAGGAUGUGCACCACAUUGUGAAACAGGCUCUGAAUCGGUACAGUGAAGAUCGCAUUGGGAUGUUUGAUUAUGCACUUGAAUCUGCAGGGGCCAGCGUUAUCAGUACUCGAUGCUCAGAAACAUACGAGACCAAGACUGCUCUGCUCAGUCUUUUUGGGAUUCCCUUGUGGUACCACUCUCAGUCUCCACGAGUCAUUCUGCAGCCAGAGGUCCUGCCGGGGAACUGCUGGGCUUUUCAAGGCUCCCAGGGAUUUGCUGUCAUUCGCCUUUCAAGCAACAUCUAUCCCACUGAUGUGACGCUAGAGCACAUCUCCAGAUCUCUCUCGCCCAAAGCAACCAUUCCCAGCGCUCCCAAGGACUUCGCAGUCUACGGCCUGGAAGAAGAAGGGCUGCAAGAAGGUGUUCUCCUUGGGCAAUUCACAUACGACCAAGAGGGAGAUCCCAUUCAGACAUUCCACCUCCAGGAUGAAAACAGGACAUCUGCAGCCUUCCAGCUGAUUGAGCUCCGAGUCCUGAGCAACUGGGGCCACCCGGAAUAUACCUGCAUCUACCGUUUCCGUGUCCACGGGGAGCCGGUCUCUUAACCCCUCCUCAGGACCACAGUCUUGCUAGUUGGCUACCUCACGUUCUGCGCCUCGGACUGACAAGGGCUGACGGAAAGCGGUGCCAGGAAAGAGAGCCACUUGGGAAGGGCGGCGCGGCUGCUUCUUUUGCUCUGUUGCUCGUAGAUGUGGAGACCUCAGCAGCCACGCUUCUUGCUCCGUUGAUUCUCUCCUGGGGGG